CUGGCUGGGGAACACGAUUCGAAAUAUGAUCAUGAAGCUUUCCUUGGUAAGCAAAGCGCUGCUGAAUUUGAUGAAUUGACACCGGAACUGAGCAAAGAGAGACUUGCCAAAUUCUUUCCUAAAAUGGACUUGAACGGUGAUGGAUUUGUUGAAGAAAAUGAACUCAAAGAGCAUAUAAAUUUUAUGCAAAGGCGAUAUGUGGAUAACGAUGUUGAACGAACUUGGAAAAAUUAUAAUCAAGAAAAAGUCAAAGAUGGACAAUUGUCGUGGGGAGAUUAUCGAGAAAUGGUUUAUGGAUCUUCGGAUGGUGAAGGGCAAGAACUAUCUCCUGAAUAUGCAAAAAUGAUCUCCCGUGAUGAGCGCCGUUGGAAAAAAGCUGAUUAUGACUCAAAUGGUGUUUUAGAUCGUACGGAAUAUGGUUGUUUUAUGCAUCCAGAGGAUUGCGAUCAUAUGCGAGAUAUCGUUGUGCAGGAAACUGUCGAAGAUAUCGAUAAAAACAAGGAUGGCUUCGUUGAUAUGGAUGAAUACAUUGGUGAUAUGUAUAGACCAGAAGAUUAUCCGGAACUGAAUGGAAAGGAACCGGAAUGGGUAGCCAGUGAGAGAGUUAUGUUCAAGGAACAGAGGGAUAAAGAUGGAGACGGCAAAUUAAAUGAGGAAGAAAUGAGAGAUUGGAUAAUGCCUGUGGGUUUUGACCACGCUGAUGCUGAAGCAAAGCAUCUUGUUGGUAUGGCUGAUGACGACAAAGAUGGAAAACUAUCUAUUGAAGAGAUCAUUGCUCAUUACGAUACUUUCGUUGGAUCUCAGGCCACUGAUUACGGCGAGCAAUUGCAAAAACAUGAUCCUAGUGAGCUGUAA